UCCACCUCACCAAUUCUAUGUCAUGGUUCCAACCGACUCAUCGGCUAUGUUAUAUUACAUAGUCCGAUCACAAGUGAGAGUAUUUACCGUCCCAUCACGGCCAUUGCUGUUGUCCUGUGACUGCUAUUCAGGGGAGAGUGGGACAGAUGAAACCCGAUCCAUCGUGAGAUGUACGAUGGGACUAGAGCUAAAAAAAGUCGAUUCAUAAUGUAUUGGAUCAACUCAGGAGGAACUUAUUCUCCCAACCCGAGUCUCAUCGUAUUUGGUGGAAGUGGCUUCGUCGGAACGUCCAUCGUCAACGCUCUCCUCGCGAGUAACGAAUUCCGCAUCAGAAUACCUGUCCGCCCGACCUCCACAUCCAAACCCUCCGUGGCCAGACUCCUCGCCUUAGCUCCUGUCAGCAUCGUCUUCGUCGACAUCGCCGUCGCCUCUACCUCUCUUCUCAAAGAAAUCAUAGCGGACGCGGAGGUGGUGAUUUGCACACUGGAAAUUUAUGACCAAGUGGACUUGCAGAAGAAGUUGGUCGACAUUUGUGUGGAGGUGGGGACUGUGAAGAGGUUCAUACCGAAUGAUUGGGCGAGUACGGGGGUGAAGGGGGUGAGGUGGUUACAUGACAAGAAAUUGGAGGUCAGGGAGUACGUGAAGAAUUCAGGCCUUGGGUAUACGUUCAUCGACACCGGCUUCUGGCACCAAGUGCUCUUCCGUCCACUAACGCCUACCGGUCUUAAAUACCCCAUCUUCUGGGAAGCCUCGAAGAACGUCUACAACGGCGGAACCGUCAAGACCGCGUGCAUCCACCAUGACGACUUGGGAAGGUCUGUUGCAAGGAUCAUUAAAGACCCGAGGACGCUGAAUCAAUAUGUCUUUGUAUGGGCACAGGAGGUGACGCAAAUGGAGUUGAAUGCAUUAGCACAUGAGCUGGGCGAUCCUAGUCUCGAAUCUAUCCCCCGUGACACAGGAUACGUACUCUCCAAGAUCAAGGAAGCUAAACUCGGGAACGAACAUCAGAUCCUCGCCUAUUGGCAGUACCACCGCUCCCUCUGGAUUCUCGGCGAGAAUGUCGUCUCUAACGCUGUAAAAGCGGAGUUCGGCGGCGCAUUGGAUACGCAGGUGUUAUAUCCUGAUAUGAUCGCGGGAUUGCGAGGUGUGAGGGAGAGCGCGGUGGAGUUCUAUGCGCGCGCAAAGGAGAGUUUGGAGGUGGCGUGAGUUUGCUAUGGGUUGUUCAGGACGGCUGAGUCUUGUGGGUAGCAGGUAAGAUGGCAAAGUAUGAAAUAUGGGAUUGGGAGGCUGAAUGGACAGGAAAGGGCAAACUUGAACUGAGGUAGCCGACGUGCGGUUGGGGUAUCUUUCGUCGGUACGAUGCCGCGACUGAGAAUGGUUCCAUGCACAGACUGAAUAUACUCCUCUUCGUCGAGCCUUUGGCCGACGUGGAGAAUGUAGGUUGUUCUCUGCCACAGUCGGCGCAUAGCCUGUUGCCUACCAGUCUCUCUACUCGGG